AUGGAGCAGAGGUCAUUCCCAAAUGGAAACUGCCGCCAGUGUGGGAGACAACACGGGAAUGUGCCGUGUCCAAUGCUAAAGAGGUGUUUUGGGUGUGGACAACUCGGUCAUGUUGUUAAAGAUUGCCCUCAAGGGAGACCACAACCUAGUGCACCGCCAGUGCGGCAACAACAACAACCAACUCAGGGCGGAGCACCACCACCAAGGAAUUUGCAAAGACCUCCAAUGCAAGGAAAAGUGUAUGCGAUCACUCAGAAGGAAGCGGAAGCUUCCAAGACUGUUAUUUCAGGUACGCUCUCCUUGUGUGAUCAAUUGGCAUACGCAUUAUUUGAUACAGGUGCUACGCAUUCCUUUGUAUCUGCAAGAUUUAUGCGAUUAGUUGGAUUGAAGUCUGAAUUGCUUGAAGUGCCUUUGAGUGUCUCUACACCUCUAAAGGAUAUGAUAUUAUCAACAUUGGCAUGUAAGGAUUGUAAGAUCUCUAUAGGUGGAGUGGAUCAGAGGAUAGAUCUGGUAGUUUUAGUUAUGUACGACUUUGACGUUAUCAUAGGAAUGGAUUGGCUUAGUAAGCAAUGGGCAAAUGCAGAUUGUUAUGAGAAGGUGAUUCAGUUUAACCCACCAAAUCACCCUAGCUUUGAAUUUGUCGGGAAUGGAAUGAAUUCUUCAUUGCCACUUAUCUCAGCACUCGAGGCACAUAGACUCCUCAAUAAUGGUUAUUGA